GUAUUUUCAUAUCAUCAUCAUGUACGACAACUCCUUUCAUUCUUCACGUACUCGCAAUAUCAUCUUCAAUUAAUACACUUAACCUUCGGAGAUUAUUAUUCGUGAAAGUUUUAGUCCAUUUGCAUCGAAUCGGCAUGAAGCGAUCCCCGCCAAUCGAUUUGUCUCAGGACGGGCGUAAGGAGAAAAUAGCUCGUCGACAGGACCCUGUCUCAUGCCAGUUUUGUCGGGCCAAGAAACUCAAGUGUGAUCGCAAUUUUCCAUGCAGUAAUUGCAGAGCUCGCAGACUUCCUUGCGUGUCAGCUGCAGGUCAAGCAGACACUCCAGGUUCCCAGCCGAUUAAUUCUGUCUCGGCAGGAUCGUCAAGUCAAGGGAUUGAGGAGUUAAACGCCCGUCUGAGAAGGUUAGAGGAACUUCUAGAAAAAAACAUCAAUGUAUCUAGAAGUUCGAGAGAUACCGCAUCUGUCGCCUCGACGCAAGAAACGCCUGCAGAAGAUGCCCAAAUUACAAAUACAGUCUCGUGGUUAGAAUCUGAUGCUUUCGAGCACCGAAACCUCCAAGAGUCCACAAAUUAUAAUCUUCUAUGUUACAAUGAUGAAAUCACACAAACUUUUGCUGCUUCCUUUUUAGGUACGUCGGCUACUACUGUACGAACAGGUGUCGACGCUCAAAGUUUGGCUUCACUUCCGUCUAGAAAGCAUGCAAGAGAUCUUUUUGAAUAUUUUGUUGCUAAUGUCGUUUGGAUCUACCAUAUAAUUCAUGUACCAACUCUCGAGUCACAUCUCAACAAACUAUACAAUGAUCUUGACCAGAAUCUACAGCCUCAAAACGAUCACGUUGCUCUUCUUUCUGCAGUCUUCGCAUUGAGUGUGUAUUUUCAAGAAGCGGAACCUCUAUCAAAAACUCGCCGUUGGACUUUGUUAGCUCACAAAGCAUUGUGCGCCGCCAAUUUCAUCGGAAAGCCCACAAUGGAGUCAAUUCAAGUAGUGUUGUUGAUAGCACAACAUCUUUUACCUAAUAUUGGAGGCAUUGCUACUUUUCGAGUCCUUUUUACUACAGCAAUGCAUUCAGCACGUUCACUUGGAUUCGAUCAAAUUGAUUCUACCCAAAGUAAGAAGCGGAGAGCAGGGAAAGCAUUGAAUCAUGUUGAACUAGAAACCAAACGAAGGAUCUGGUGGCAUAUUGUUUCUACUGAUUGGAUCCUGUCUUUUAUGAGUGGCCCGCAAAGCGGUACAUAUAUGAUUCACCCACAGCAAAUGAAAUGCGAUUAUCCAAGCAAUGUCAAUGAUAUUGACAUUGGCCCUUCAGGAGACUACAAGCAACCCUUAAGUACGGAAACUGAUAUGAUAUACUCUACAUUCAGGUUCCAGCUCUCGAUAAUUUGUCGGGAAAUAGUCGACGCCACGCAAGACAUUGGCUGUGAGAUGCAUGAGCUGCCCUACGAAACGGUAUUAAAUUUUGACAGGAAGCUGAUUUGCAUGGUUUCCGAAUUUCCUCCGUUUUUUCGCAUAGAUGCCAAAAGUCGAGCGCAAUACAAAGAUUUAGACGCGAAAUACCCAUUCUUGGCAGUGCAAAGAACUGCAGGUCAUUUUGGGGUCCAAACCAGAUUUAACAGACUUCAUCGGCCUUAUCUUGCGCGAGGUGCCCAUGACCCACGAUUCUCUUACAGCCGAAUGGUUUGUCUUCGAUCUGCUCGCUCAGUAAUUGAACUGGGAACAGAUCUUACUGAGUGGGGCAAGAAGCAAAAUUUCCAGCCAUUUAGAAUGUGGACAGUAACGCAUCACAUUUUUGUGGCUACUGUCAUAUUAGUAAUGGACUUCUGCUUGAACAAAGAUGAUCCACGAUCAGAGGAAAGGAAAGCUGAGAUAAUGGAUGCGUUUAAAAUGCUUGAGAGUUGCCAAGUAACCAGUACCAUAGCGAGGAGAGGUCUACAACAACUUCGAGAUAUUCUACGAAGGGGGUCGUCAUCUACAGAAGAAGCUUUAGCCCAGGUACCAGAAUCUAGCAGUACGGCGUGCGAUGCUUCAAACUCUAUAAAUAUCUUCAAGCAACAAGAUUCGGAGUACCGAAAACCAGAAACAAUGACUCCCUUCCCUGGCCUUAAUAUCAAUGACCCAUAUUCAACAGUGGAUUGGGAGAAUGUCGACUUUGAUACUAUCGAAGGCAUCAACUUUGAUACAGAUCUCUCAACUAGUGACUUCGAAGCACUUUUUCACAACGGAAUGGCCCCACACUGCGUUUAAUUGCCAUUCAACAAUGAAUUAAUGAUACCUUGCAAUAUAUUUGAACGAUGUAGACAGUGGUACAAAUUCUGUUCAAGGAAAUUCUUGAUGUUUUACACUUGUAUCAUCUAUUACACCUCCAAAUGUCAACGAUGCCAAAUUAAGAUAAAAACUGACGAGGCAUCAGACGCGCCUUCUCUCGAUUUCACUCAAGUCACGUGUUGUGGGUCAAGCUGGCGCCUCGGCCACGGUCAGAUCCAACAAUGGAAAUGCA